AUGCCCACCCCUGGUCUGUCUGCCCUCGGCGCUCGCGUCUGCCCGGUCUGCCCGGCGGCCGCCUCGCCACGGCUCAAAGACAUUUUGACUGUUCACCCAUCCACUCCAUUAAAACUGUGUGCAUUGGCAUAUGAACUGUCUUCGCAUCCUGAUUCGGUGUUUGUUGAUCACCUUCUCACUGGGCUUUCCCAAGGUUUUCGGGUGGGCGUGCUUACAGCGCCAACUGUUUCUUUCGUGGCUAAAAAUCUCCUUUCCUCCACUUCCGAUCCCGACACAGUCUCUCGGUUGUUGGCGUCGGAGGUGGCUAAGGGCCAUGUCAUUGGGCCGUUCAGUUCUCCUCCGUUUUCCCUGUUUCGCGGCAAUCCGAUCGGCGUCGCUACAAGGAAGUAUUCUGGCAAAAAGCGGUUGAUCUUCGAUUUGUCCGCGCCGCAUAACGGGCCUGUUCCCAGCAUUAACAGUCUCAUCCCACUAGCCCCCUUUUCUCUGCACUAUGCCACCGUCGAUAAUGCCAUCAACCUGAUUAAACUGGCUGGGGUGGGCUCUUGGCUUUCCAAGGCUGACAUCACAGACGCUUUUAAAAUCGUGCCCGUCCAUCCUUCCCAAUGGCCUCUUUUCGGUGUUAAGUGGGACUCAAACUUCUAUUUCGGUCUUGCCCGCCGCGCCUGGAUUUUCGGGAUUACCCUCGACUCCGUGGAAAUACAAGCGUCUCUCCCGACACAAAUUACAGAACGCAUUCGGCGAUCGCUGGCGUCUUUUUCGACCGCCAUUUCCAUACCCAAACGCCAGUUGCUUUCCCUUUUGGGCCACCUAAACUUCGCCAUGCGUGUUAUUCCUCAGGGGCGUUCGUUCAUAUCCCGGUUGCUGGAUACGGCAUCUUCAAUUUCCCAACUGCAGGAUCUCGUAUCCCUAGAUGACGGCUGCCGUUCCGAUUUGCGGUUUUGGGCUCACCUUCUCGAACAUUGGAAUGGUGUUUCCUUUUUUUACGAUGAUUUGGUGCAUUCUUCUGACUCUAUGCUGUUCUUCACAGACGCUGCCCCUUCUGCCGGGUUCGGUGGAUUUUUUCAGGGGCAGUGGUUCGCAGGUCACUGGCCUCCCACCUUCUCCCGGCUUGAUUCGUCGGCCUUGCAUGAGAUUUACCCCAUCGCCGUAGCUUGCCGCGUCUGGGGCCAUCAAUGGCAGCGCAAACGUAUCUCCGUUUUGUGCGACAAUCGAGCGGUCGUCGACAUCAUCAAUAUGGGGCGCUCUUCAUGUAGUGCAAUUAUGCCGUUUGUGAGAAGCAUCACCUGGUCUGCCGUCAUGCACAAUUUUCUCAUCACUGCCCGUCAUGUUCCCGGUCAUUCUAAUGGUGUGGCUGAUGCUCUGUCUCGUUUUCAUUUUCAGGCCUUUCGGCGCCGGUGCCCUACCGCCUGCCCCUUCCCUGUCACUCUGCCUUCUCUCCAGAAGCUGGCGCUGUAUUGAACCUAUCGCCCCUACGUCCUUAUCUAGAUUCCUCUAGGGAUUAUAUGAGAAAAGGCUUGGCUGCGUCUACUUUGAAAACCUAUGAUUUUGCUUGGCAUACCUUCUGUUUCUUUUGUGUUUGUAUUUCUGUUCCUCUUAAAC